AAGGGUGAGAUUUUGUCAACAUUUAAUACUAAGAUUUUUAUGUCAUAAGGCUCCUUUGGUGGUCUACAAAAAGAAAAAAGGAAACACUCAUUUCUAUUAUAAAUACACAAUGUCUUCCCUUGCCUUCUCUUAUAUCUUUCAUCUCUGGUGCAAGUUAAAAGCUUCCAAACAAAAAACAUAAAAACAGUUUAAAUACAAGUUCUUCUCACCAAAGCAUGGCUUCUAGUAGUGCGAACAUAAAAUUUGGGAAAACUUUCUAUGUUUGGCCCACAGGAGUUCAUAAAGCCACAAUAAUUUGGCUACAUGAUGUCGAAUUCACAGGCUACUGCUCAGUUGCGGCUCUGAAAAGUUUGAAGCAUCCUAAUAUAAAAUGGAUUUGCCCGACUGCUCCUAAGCGUCCCGUUACCUCCUUGGGUGGGGAGGUAACCACUGCAUGGUGCGACAUGACAAAAGCUUCUGAGAACAUGCUAGAUGAUUUUGAAAAUUUAAAUGAUGUAAAUGAAUAUAUUACCAGCAUUUUCUCUUGUGAACCAGAAAAUGUUAUGAAAGGACUAGGAGGAAUCGGCUUGGGUGCAGCACAAGCUCUCUAUUAUACGAGUUAUUAUGCCUUUGGAUGGGUUCCCAUAAGCCCACAAAUUGUUAUAGGAAUCAAUGGUUGGCUUCCUGGAUGGAGGAGAUUAGAAUACAAUAUGUGUAAUACUACUUUAGGGGCUGCAAAUCGUGCUGCGACAUCACAAAUCUUACUUAUGCAUGGAACUUCUGAUGAUGUUAUUUCCUCUGCGUUUGGAUACAAAUGUGCUGACUCCUUUCGAAAAGCUGGAUUUCCAACUUUGUUCAAACAAUGCGGAGGGGAUCAUGUAAUGAAUGAGAUCAGUGUUUGGCUCAGAAACUUUGGGCUUUGAAGAUAUGGUGAAACUCUACAUAAAGAAAAUAAUUGGAGAGCAAAACUAUCGUACAAUAUUAUAAAAUGUUUUAUUAUAUUUUUAUGUCUUCGCUAUUCGUAAUCAAUAUUUAAUGUAUUUUUCGUUCGAAACCUUAAGAAAAAAGAGCGAAAUAUCUUUUUCUAUUAUAUCUUAGUAAAAUUUAUAUUUAUGGUCAUUUGGCGAAAUAAAUGAAAAUGAUGUUGUGUUGAACUGCCGAAUAUAUCAUUAUAAUUUAUAACAUAUUAUUUGAUAUUGCA